AUGGAUCCACAAACUGUGCUAAACGAUAUUCAAGUAAUUUUGAAGGAAGCAUCCAUCAAAUGUGAGGUACUUGAUGAGAAAUUCCCAGCCAAGUUCUUCGAAAAUAAUCCAGAAAAGAUAUUUGAAUCAUAUUUUAAGUUUAUUAAAAAUAGAAGUAAUUCUGAAGGUGUCAUUCGUAAUGAAGAUAAAUUGGCAUUGACGAGUAUUGCGGAACGAUUUGCAAAUGGAGAAUAUAUUGCUGCUGACAAUGGAUUUUAUAAACUCUAUCAUGACGUUAAAUUGGUGUGUACUAUGUUAAUCCAUUUUAAUGCCCAAGGGACACGAAUGUACCAAUUGGUGGACAAAUUUUACAAAUUUGCCACUGAACUGAUCUUAAGGGAAUGUUAUAAAAUUGGAAUAACGGUUGUUGAUACUAUAGGUAACGACAACUUAAAUAUGGACUCGACUCCUACAGAAUUGGAUAAGAUAAUAGGGAAGGACUUUAUAAAAAUAUCAACUAGCUAUAAAGUCCCUAUCUCCCAAACAUACCAUAUUAAAACAAAAGAAUUAGAUUUAUUCUCAUCUAUCAUUACAAGAUCACAUCUAGAGACCAGACCUCAAGAGCUUCCCAACAGUAAUUUUGAAAUUAAUAAUGUCAUAGCUCAAACAAACUUAGAACAAGAUUCACCAAAGUUAGGGUUCCUAGCAGCCAAUACAAGCAAUAUACCAGAUCCAACUUUGCCUCCUACGGAAAUGAUGUCUAGAUUCUUGCAUCCAAAUUGGUAUGCUCUUCCUACCACAAUGUGGUUAAAAUAUGGAGAUUAUAAAUCAUGGGCACCAACAUUUAAUGAAAAUGGUACUGUAUUAGAUUCAAAAAUACGUGGUAUUAUGUGGUUGAAGAGAAUAGGAUAUAUGGAAAUAUUAGAAAGAGAGGCCAAGAAAAAUGGUGCAGUUAAUCAACUUAAGGAUGAGAAGAAUGAUAAUGAAGAUAAAAGUCAAUCCAAAAAAGAUGAGUCUACGAAAGAUUUACACAAAGAUACGAUUGAUGAAGCUUCUAAUGAGAAUGAGAAGAAAACUGCAGAAGAGUCAAAGACUGAUGAAAAGAACGUACAUUUGGAAAUUAAAUUAGAAAACCUCUAUGAUUGGAAACCAUCGAACUAUAUUGAAGACGAUGAAGUAACCAGCCUCAAAGAAGGUACUCAUGAUAAAUUGAUUACUUCGGUAUUGAAGAAAAUUCAAGGACUACGAAAGCAUAGAGUUAAAAAUAAAAUUACAAAACCAAGCCAGGAGGAGACGCAACUUUAUUAUAAAGCUAAGAGACUACUAAGGGAGGUUGUUAUGGCCAAACAGACUUCAGACUUGCCAAUGAGUACGUGCAAGUCUUUCCCUGUUCUCCAGGCUACAUACACUGGUAGUGUCCCUGUCAUAAGGGUACAACAACAUCGUAAAAGAGGGAAGUAUAACAAAAACAAAUAG